CUACGUUCAUGUCGACUGUACUGCACCUCUUUUCCCACCACCAUGUCUCUCGAGGAGAAGCGGCGCGAGAGCUUCAACCCCACUCUCAACUCUACCCAAGAGAUGGAAAAGGAGAAGUUCCCCCUCCCCGCACCCCGCACGAAGUCUGAGCAGGCGGUCAGUCGCGACCGGCUGGAGGACUACUUCAAGGAGAGGCCGAAGAAUCGGGGCGUGCUGACCGAUGCGGAGCUCUUCUGGGUGGAGCUGCAGCCGUGGUUAAAGCAAAGGGGAUACGCAUUGCGACCGCGGUACCAGCCUGGCUGGCGCCCCUCUUGGCGAGGGACCAAGAAGCGCGCGAGCGACUGCGAGGAUGGGGAACCUAUCGGGUAUCCCUUCCUGCUGGAUGCCACGCGCAUCUCGGAUGGCAAGGUCGUCAUGCUCAAGUGCAUCUCGAAGACCCUGCACCCCCAUGAGGCCAGUAUCUCCGCCCUGCUGUCGUCCCCUCCAUUGCGAUUGGAUCCGACGAACCACUGCGUGCCGGUGUAUGAUGUACUGCACCCGCCUGGGCAUGAGGAUUUCGUGAUCAUCGUCAUGGCGUUCUGCAGGCAGUUUGACAACCCCCGUUUUGACACCGUAGGCGAGGCAGUCGAGUUUUUCAGGCAGGUCUUCGAGGGUCUUCAAUUCAUGCACCGCAACGGGAUUGCGCAUCGUGACUGUAUCGACUUGAACAUCAUGAUGGACGCGACGCCGUUAUACGACCACCCCUACCAUCCACGACGCCCCGAACUCCGCCGCGACUUCAGGGGCAAGGCAAAAGCGCACACGCGUACUGAACGCCCCGUCACCUACUACCUCAUCGACUUCGGCCUAUCACGACGCUUUGACCUCCCUUUCGAACGACCCCUCGAGGAACCCAUCCUUGGUGGUGACAAGACGGUGCCGGAGUUCCAGAACAUAAGCGGUCCGUGCGAUCCUUUCCCCACUGAUGUUUAUUAUCUGGGUAAUAUGGUGCGGCGGACGUUUCUUGAGGGUUGCGAAUUCAACAGCAGGAAGCGCGGCGUCGAGUUCAUGGCGCCCCUCGUCGCGGCCAUGAUACAGGAUGACCCAGCAAAGCGGCCUACCAUGGACGAAGUCGUCGAGCGCUCCAAUCAGAUUAUCAGCAAGCUUUCGACUUGGAAGCUCCGAUCUCGUCUGAAGAAAGAAGGCGAUUGCGCGCCCCAUUCCGCGUACCUGUCCGCUGUUCACUGGCGACGGCGCGUCGGAUACAUGCUGCGGGGUGUGCCAGCGCUGCCUCGGCCAGCAGUGGAAGAGGAGUAGAGCAGUGCAGCGGUGCUCGACGUUCACUGCUACUGUUCGAUCGUCUGCUGCUGUUGGUUGAUGGCUGAUGCACGUCGGUCAUCCUCGUGGAUACUCCGACCCUACCUACUCAUCUAUAUCGGAUCUAUCUUGGAUAUAAUUACACUUUUGUAGAUCAUAGACUGUCCUUCCUAUACCCCGUAAUUAUCUGUACCGCGGAGAACCUUCUCGGACGCGGGCUAUCUCGCGUCACUGGCAGUGUACAUACGGACAUACCUAAUCUAUCUGAGGCAUAUCUCUUGUAACUUGUGACACUCCUUCAAUGUACCUGAGGCUCCUACUCGAUGAAAGCGACACAUCACCGCG